UGCACCAAACCUGUCAAAGCGUGGUGGGCGGGCAGCAGGCUCUGCUGGUAUUGUGCUAAGCGCGCACGCUGCACAUCGCCUAUUGCACUCCGUCCUACUCUACACAUGCUCUUGGUAUCUUGAAGAACACACUGUUGGUGUUGGACGUGUCUCGUGGAUGAAAUAGCGCGCUGCGACUAGUCCUCCUUCGCUAUAGCACAGACAGCCCGCCGCCCACCUCUCCUUCUCGCGCCGACCGACCGCUGAUCUGAGCUCUGCGCCGCCAUUGUGACAGCUCUCUUCCCUUUCACGUGUCAAGCCAACCGACCGACCGUGUUUCGCGCCACCACAGCGCCUGCUGCUGUGCGCUUUGUGUCACGCUUGACACGUACCAUAUCGAACAUACUCGGGCCCCAGCCGAGGAGACGUACGACCGUCGAUACUGCGCUGCCGCGACCGCCCCAACUCUCGCACCGAAUCUCGACUCUCACUUCCAACUCCCCUCGCUUCCCCUCGCUCGGCCACGUACUCCCAGACCGCAACAUAACAUUUCACUGCGACAGGCGCGCGCUCCACAUCAGGUGCUACGGAAUCCGAACCCGCUGAGCCAAGGAGGUCGACCAGGUCAGGCGGCAUAAUCGACAAACAGACGGCUACAGACACGUGAGAGAGGGCACGAGAGGCAAUCAGCAAGUCCAGAACUUGUGCACAGGAGGUCAGAAUGGUGGUUGCUACGAUAAAGUGCGUUGUGGUCGGUGACGGUGCCGUGGGCAAAACAUGCUUGCUCAUAAGCUAUACGACGAACAAGUUCCCGUCUGAAUAUGUGCCCACAGUUUUCGACAACUAUGCGGUGACGGUAAUGAUUGGAGACGAACCAUAUACCCUUGGACUCUUUGAUACUGCCGGACAAGAAGAUUACGACCGCUUACGACCGCUCUCAUACCCACAGACCGACGUCUUCUUGGUCUGCUUCUCCGUCACCUCACCCGCUUCAUUUGAGAACGUCCGAGAAAAGUGGUUCCCUGAAGUCCACCAUCACUGCCCGGGAGUGCCUUGUUUAAUCGUCGGUACACAAACAGAUUUGAGAGACGAUCCUCAAGUCCGAGAGAAGCUUGCAAAGCAAAAGAUGCAGCCCGUGCGGAAAGAAGACGGCGAGCGAAUGGCUAAGGACCUGGGCGCCGUCAAGUACGUCGAAUGCUCAGCUCUCACUCAAUUCAAAUUGAAGGACGUGUUCGAUGAGGCGAUUGUGGCAGCGCUAGAGCCGCCCGCAGUGAAGAAGCCAAAGCGAAAGGGUAAAGGUUGCAUAUUGCUAUAGCCUCGCGGCUAGUCUGAUGCGAAUGCGAAUGCCAUGUACCUUCAACGUGAAUACACCAUGCGGGUUGUCUCAGAUAGACAACACCUUUUUUUAACUUCUUUGCGGACAAUACCAGAGUUGGGCGCGUGGAGUUGAAAUGGAGCACUGUUUUCUUCAGGUCUACACAAGGCACACAAAUCCAGGUUAUAUGCCUUCU